GUUUUUCUCCCUCUUAAUGCUAGGCCACUUUGCAGUUUUACGCAAACGUAAUUUGGCAGCGAUGGUUUAGCGACUACAUCCCAACUUUCAUGAAAAGUGCAACUGAGCUGUUCUCCCGUCCAGGCUCUGGGCCCGUAGUGCUCUCGCCAGAAUGCAGAGGCCGUAAAAAUAAGAUCGGCAUCGAGAACAACACCAACGGCAGCUCCACUUCACCCACCACAGUCGGCUCAUUCGGGGACACCAUUCGAUCUCCACUAGCAGACAAAAACAGCUCGAAAGAGACACGACUGGUGAACACCGGGUCCACGAAGACAGUGCUGCCCAAAAUAGAGUCGUCAUCGCCACCCAAAGCUUAUCUAAACGAGGAUUAUAGAAAAGGAUCUGCACAGUCCAAGGCCUCCCAGGACAGUGGCAUCGGAGAAGACCAACUGAAGCCAGCUGUGUUGCCCCCAGUGACUUCUAGCUCGCCAGUCACUCUGCCCGCAAUAGAGAGUAAAAAUGGAGGAUCUGGACAGAGUGGGGGGCUCGUGCCCAGACUAGCUAGCGAGGAAAUACUCUCCCAGCUCAAUGAAAUAGGAAUAGUGCCUCUGAAAACGAACAGAUGUGGCAGCUCAUUAGCUUUCAACAUAGAAUUAGACAACGGCUCAAAACAUCCCCACUCUAGCAACAAUGAAGACGAAGUGAGGGGAGGCGGGGUAGGGGCAGGGGCAGGGGGAGAAGGGAGGAUGUUGCCCCCUCUGCCCCCGAGUAGACUGCACAGACUGAACAGCCUUCCGCCCAUCCAGCCCCCCUCGAUAGAAGUACUGGACGCCAAACAGAAGAAGGCUGAACAGAGACGCAAGAACCGUGACGAGAAAAUUCGACAAAAGUUGGAGAAGCUUCGUCAGCGUCGCCUCUCGGAAACGGAGUUGUCGGAGCGGGAUGACGACAUGAAAGAGAAGGUGUCGCAGGACAUCCAGCAGAAACAACAGCUUAUAGAGCAGAACAAACAGAAGCUCAAGGAAGCGCAAGAGGAGCGAAAGAGGCGUAACGAAGAGCGACUUCAGCGGGUGCGCAUGAACAAGGAGAAGCUAAUGAUGAACGGGGGAGGGGGCUAUGGGGACAAACUGGACGACAGCUACUCGGACCCUAUCGAGUCAGGAGCCAUCGACACAGGCGACCAGUCAGAUCUGGACGGCAGUGGAGAUGUUGGCAAGUUGAAUGAUGCAACAGGUGGCAAUGGUCUGCCAGGAGCAGGCGGAGACAUUAGAGGGACACAGAGGAAUAUAGUUGAAGGCACCAACGCAGCCGGAGAGCCCAACGAGGAUGAUAUAUUCUGAAUACAAUUAGUAAU